UGUUACGUAACGAACCGCAGUGUGGUCGAUCGCGCUGAUCGCAACAAACGCGUAGUUAGACGAUUUAUGAACCAAAAAAAUUAAGUGUAUCAUGAAGAACGAGAAGUAAACAUCACUUAUUUGUGACAAAUUAUAGUGUAGAAACCAAUUGAAAGAUGAUGAUGCUACUACUAUGUCUGGCAGUUUUGGUGGUAGUGGUGGUGUUCUACCUCCAGAAGGCACACUCGACGUUCAAGGAGAAAGGCGUCAAGUACCUGAAUACAAUCCCAAUAUUGACUGACUUGUGCUCCAUGUUGAUGCCUAGCGAACACAUCGGAGAGACUAUUAAGAGCUUGUACAAUAGCUACCCGGAGGAAAGAUUCGUCGGCAAAUAUGAUUUUUUGAAGGAGUCUGUAGUAAUCCGUGAUAUUGAACUAUUGAAGAAAAUCACCAUCAAAGAUUUUGAACACUUUGUAGAUCAUUCCAGUCCUGGACCUGAUGACUCUUUAUUUGGCAGGAGUUUGUUCUUUUUGAAAGGUCACGAAUGGAAAGACAUGCGCACAUCUUUAAGCCCAGCAUUCACAAGUUCCAAGAUACGUCAAAUGGUGCCUUUUAUGAUGGAAGUCGGUGAACAAAUGAUAUUGUCUUUGAAGAAGAAGUUGAAAAACUCUGGAGGAGACUACAUAGAUGUUGAGUGCAAGGACCUAACGACGCGCUUUGCCAAUGAUGUGAUAGCUUCUUGCGCCUUCGGUCUGAAGGUAGACUCUCACGCCGAUGAAGACAAUGAGUUCUAUAAGAUGGGCAAAGCAGUGUCUUCUUUUAAGUUUUCUCAAAUACUGUUUUUCAUCCUGUUAUCAAGCCUGCCUUUUGUUAAUAAGCUUAUCGCCAUUGAUGUCGUGCCGAAGCCUGCUCAGGAUUUCUUCAGGCGCUUAGUAUUAGACGCGAUGAAAGAGAGGGAACAGAAGAAUAUUUUUAGACCUGAUAUGAUUCACUUGCUUAUGGAGGCCAAAAAAGGUAAACUAUCUCAUGAAGAAGUCAAGUCUAAGGACGAGGCUGCUGGUUUCGCAACCGUCGAAGAAUCAACAGUUGGCCGAAAACAAUUGACUAGAGUAUGGAAGGAUGAUGACCUAGUCUCCCAAGCAUUCCUGUUCUUUGCUGCUGGUUUUGAAUCAGUGUCGUCCAGUAUGUCAUUUCUCCUGUAUGAGCUGGCUUUGAACCCUGACGUACAAGAGCGACUGGCGCAGGAGAUCAGGGACUAUGACGCUAAGAGUGGCGGCAAGUUCGACUUCAGCUCCAUACAGAGCUUGAAGUAUAUGGAUAUGGUUAUUUCAGAACUGUUAAGGAGAUGGCCACCAUUUGUGGUCUUAGACAGACAAUGCACAAAGGAUUAUAAUUUGGGGAAACCAAACCCUGAUUCUGAAAAAGAUUAUAUUUUACGUGAAGGCGCAGAUAUUCUGGUACCGGUGUACGGAAUCCACUUAAAUCCUGAAUACUUCCCUAACCCUGAGAAGUUUGACCCUGAACGGUUCUCUGAUGAAAACAAACACAAUAUUAAACCAUUCACGUACAUGCCUUUUGGUAAUGGACCUAGGAAUUGUCUGGGAUCGAGAUUUGCUCUGUGCGAGAUGAAAGUGAUAACAUACCAGUUAAUCCGGCACAUGGUGCUCUCCCCUUGUGAGAAGACCAGCAUCCCUGCGAAGUUGUCUCCCGAUCAGUUCAACCUUCGGCUGGAAGGUGGACACUGGCUUAGGUUCAGAUUAAGGGACUAAUUAUUGAUAAAAAUCGUUAUAUCUGAUUAUAGAGCUGAUAAUCGGAGCAAAAAAGGCACUGUAAGAGCGCGCGCACAUUACAAACUUUUAGACGGCCGAUAAUUGAUUUGGGCUCAUAAAUCAGUAUGACGAUGAAUGGAAUGUAACACCGAUUAGAUAUUUGUUCGGAGUAGCAGCAGUGUGCGCGCAGGCUAAGGUUGAUCUUGAAAUUAUUUUUUACGCUUAUGUAACUUUGUUAUGUGCAUUUAUUUAGUAAUAUUAAAGAAGAACACAUACUGUGA